CAUAUCAAUUGCCUAACAAACAGAUCCAGAACUUGGCCGAGGACACAAAUAAUUCCUUCUCUCUCACAGGACUCUAAGCUUUUCAUUUUCACAAUGAGCUCCAUCAGUGAAGCAACUACCAAAUUUUGCCUUGACUUUUUCAAAGUACUGAAUGAAGAUCAUCCAUCUGAAAAUAUCAUCCAUUCUCCUCUGAGUAUCUCAGCUGCCCUGGGCAUGGUCCUUCUUGGGGCCAGAGGUAAUACUGCCGCCCAGAUACAAAAGGUUCUUCGCUUCACUGAACUUAGAGAAAAUGAAAAUCCAGGAACAGGAAGAUCUUCAGAAGCAACAAGUGAUGUUCCUGGUGAUCAGUGUGAUAUACCUAGAGGGAUUCAUUCCCAGUUUCAUGACAUCUUCUCAGCAAUCAACAAACCCACCACUUCCUACGAGCUGGCUAAUGCCAACAGACUGUAUGGAGAAAGGACAUUCAAUUUUCUUCAGGAAUACCUGUCCUGCAUACAAAAGUUAUACCAGGCUGAAUUGAAACCAUCUGAUUUUCUGAAUGCUGCAGAGGAAACCAGAAAGCAGAUAAAUUUGUGGGUUGAAACCUUUACAAAGGGUAAAAUCAAGAAUCUCUUUGCCAAAGACAGUCUUUCUGCUGCUACUGUGUUAGUUCUCGUGAAUGCUGUCUACUUCAAAGGGCAAUGGGCAGUGGAAUUUAAGAAAGAAAACACCAAAGAAAGACCUUUUCAGAUUAACAAGACUACAAGUAAACCUGUGCAGAUGAUGUACGAUCAGGGCAUCUACAAAAUAGCUACAAUAGAGGAGCAUCACUGUCAGGUGCUUGAACUCCCAUACAAGGGCGGUGACCUGAGUAUGUAUAUACUGCUGCCAAAAGACUACACGGGUCUAACACAGCUGGAAAAGGAACUUACCUAUGAGAAAUUAUCAACUUGGAUUAGCCCCAACCAUUUGAAAGAAGAUAAAGUGGAGGUGGCUCUUCCUCGGUUCAAAAUUGAGACAAGUGCUCAACUUAACGAAUAUUUACAGGCUUUAGGAAUGACUGAUGUGUUUCUCCCAGAAGUAUCAGAUUUAUCUGGAAUGGCAAAAGUAGAUGCCCUGUUUGUGAGUCAAGUUGUCCACAAGGCUUAUAUAGAGGUCAAUGAAGAGGGCACUGAGGCAGCAGCUGCAACUGGAAUUGGAAUAAGUACAACCUCACUACAUAUUCCUGUACAGUUUGUAGCUGAUCACCCUUUCCUCUUCUUUAUCAGACACCAAAAAACCAAAUGCAUUCUCUUCUAUGGUAGAUUUUCUUCCCCUUAAAGGAAAAUCUCUAAUUAAAACAAGAGAAAUCCCAGGCCAUGGAACUAUAGCACAGAAAAUACAACAGAAAUGUUAUUCUCUUCAUUUUCUCUUUUCCUUGCACUGUAUCUAAACAGUGACUCCAUAGUUAUGGGUGAAAAUGCACACUAUGCUCAUGGCAGGACUGUGAUACUAGCACUAUAGUCUUACCUUGUCUGCUGUUUCCCUCCCCCGCAAACUUGCUGCUGGUUCUUACUUAAAGAAUGUCCCAUUCUCUCAGCACUGAGGAAGGGCUCUUCUGCUAAGUCCCAGAUCACUAGGAAUCUCCUUGAACCAGAGCUCUGAUAACUAGUAGUGAAAUAAAGAACUGUGGAUUUUAUUAAUCAUCCUGAACUGAAUGGAUAUCAACACAAGCAUUGCCCAAACUCUCGCAGUGGAGAACCUGGCCCAAAGUUGUAGCAAUGUAACAGGUGAAUAAUCAGGCACAUUGUUUUCACAGUUAUUGUUAUUGCCCUUCUGCCACCUUUACUACUCCUGGAGGAAUUCUGUGCCAAAAAAAUUAAAAACUCUGUGCGCAAUA